AGGCUACAAUGAGGAGUUUAAAGUGAGGACGCUAUUUGAGGAGGCCAAUCUCACCAUCAAAAUAUUUAAAAUGUUUAAGUCCCAUGAUUUCUUUACAUUUUUUGAUGGUGAGAUUGACCUCCUCACUUUAAACUCCUCAUUAUAGCCUCUCCGUUCUUCUAAAUCUUCUUUUGGAUCAAGCUUUCAUUUGCUUAAAAGAAGAAGCCAAGAACAUAAAGGUAAUUUCAACGAAUUUCUUAAGCGAAAAACAAAAACCAAAAAACAAAAAAAACCCAGUUCAUUUCAUCUAACGCAAUGCUCUUCUGCUAUGAGAGUUCAAGUGAUUGAAAACCUCUUUAGGUGAUCUGCAUUAUGUGGGUAAACCCCUAAUUAAUUAUUCUGGGGACCAUGGAUGUGUCGAUAAAGGAGUUGACAAGGGCAUUGCCUCUGCCUUGAGGAGAGGCAAUUGUGUAGGGGACAAGUCUCAAUCUAGGACUUUGAAUUUUGGAAUAAGAGAUUGUAACUUAUGGGAGAUCAUUUUCUUUAGCACAAGACAUUGAACUAGGAAUCUGGAACCCUGAAAUCUAUGAGAAAUGGUUUUCCAUUGCUUGCCAUGGAAGUUACCUCUUCUCUAAGAAACCACAUAAAAAAUAAUCCCUAGUUCCCCUCAUAUAUCUCAAAUGAAUUGGGUUUUUGGCACUGUGCUCCUGGAAGAGAUUGAUCGUAGUUUUUCGAUGGAUGGCGGAGAAGAUCAAAGCAAGCAAUCUACUAGGAGAACCCCUUUCACUGAACUCAACCAAGUCAGCUCGGAUUUCAUUCUAGCCAUGGCAAUGCAAGAACAAGAGCAGGCGUACACAAUGCUGGAAACCAUCGAAAGCGAUAGCAGCGACGAAGAAGAAGAUGAUGCUUCCUCCCCUAAUGAAAACUACGAUCAAGACGAUACUGCUUUCUUUGAAAGCAGAGAAUUCGAAACAGAGUUCGGGUUUCUUGCGAACGAAGACAGUGGCAGCAGCAGUGACCAAGAAAUGGAUGAAGAUGAUUUUGAUGUGGAUGAGCUAACUUAUGAGGAGCUGAUUGCACUUGGAGAGUUCAUAGGGGAAGAGAAAAGAGGCCUGCCCAGCAAUGAAAUUUCCACAUGUUUGCAGCCCUACACAAGCAAAUCACCAUCAUCUAUUCAAAGCAAGACCAGCAUUGACAGGUGCGUGAUUUGCCAGAUUGAGUAUGAAGAUGGAGAAGCCCUAGUUGCAUUGUCUUGCCAACACCCUUAUCAUUGGGAUUGUAUAAGCAAGUGGCUUGAGAUUAAAAAGAGCUGCCCAAUUUGCAGCACAGAAGUCUCAUCAACAUCAUCAUCCAAAACCAAGAACAUAUAAACUGUAAUUAGAACCAGUCAUUUCAUUUCAUUUUAUUUAUUGGGUUGGUUUGUAAAAUUGUAAAUGUUCAAGAUAUCUAUUUGUUCUCACUUCUAUGUAAUUAAUUAAUUAAUCAGUUGCAAUUUGGAAAUGAAAAUAGAAUUUAUAAAA